GCUUUUUGAAACGCUAGUGGUUCUGCACAGCUUUGGCAGUGACUGCAGGGCUGCUCACAAAUGCUCUAAAUGCAACUGUGAGCAGAAGGAUUACCAAUGCAUUCAGUGAAAAGAAUGUCUUAGCAGCUGCCACAUCUCCCCCUAAAAAGUAUUAAAGAACGACAUGGAUCAAGUAGAGCAACUUUCUGCAAGCAGAAGGAAGAGCUUCCUCUCAGUUGACAAGAAGAGCAGUGGCUGUAGAACCGUUGUGGGAUUUUUGUGCGUGUUCCCUGUGGUGGCUUUGCUGGCUAGUGUGGGAGAUCCAGCUGGAGCUGCGGUUCAGAAAAAUCAGGAAGACGCCGCGUCACCUGGGCUUCGUGGAGCGAGUGCCUCUGCUUUGCACAGUCCGGCUUUCCCACCUCGGCCUCCAGCACGGAGAAAACGAUACACGAUCACGCCAGGGCACUUGAAAUGGGACCACUUCAACUUGACCUACAAAAUCCUGUCCUUCCCAAGAAACCUCAUAAACGCCAGGGACACGCGCAGGGGACUGGCGGCUGCGUUCCGAAUGUGGAGUGAAGUUUCGCCGUUCAGCUUCAGAGAAGUGCCACGCCACGUAGCCAGUGACUUGAAGAUAGGCUUCUACUCUGUCAAUCACACGGACUGUCUGGAGUCGCUCAUCCACCACUGCUUCGACGGCACCACAGGGGAGCUUGCCCACGCCUUCUUCCCACCCAAUGGGGAAAUCCAUUUUGAUGACGGAUUAGCAAUCACACUUCACCACACAACGGCUGCCGUUUUUCCGUUUUCUCUUGCAGGCGUUUGGCUUACAGAUCUGGUACACGUGGCAGCUCACGAAAUCGGCCAUGCCUUAGGACUCAUGCACUCCCUGAACCCCAACGCCCUCAUGCACAUCAACGCCACUCUGACUGGGAAGAAGACCAUCUCGCAAGAUGAAGUCUGGGGGAUCCACAGACUUUACGGAUGUAAAGACAGAUUAUUUAUGUGCCCCUCGUGGGCACAGAAAGGUUUCUGCGAGAAACGCAGGAAGCUGAUGAAGAAGCACUGUCCAUCUACCUGUGACUUCUGCUACGAAUUCCCGUUUCCAACCGUCCCCCCUACGCUGCCCCCGCCACGGACAAAAACCAAGACGGUUUCUGAGGGCAGGAACGUCACCUUCCGCUGCGGACAGAAGAUAAUUCAUAAAAAAGGCAAAGUUUACUGGUAUAAAGAUAAGGAGCUUCUGGAAUACUCAUAUCCAGGUUACUUAUCCUUAAAUGAAGAUCACAUGAGCAUCAUUGCAAAUGCAAUUAAUGAAGGAACUUACACUUGUAUAGUCAAGAAAAAAGAAAGAAUCUUGACUACCUAUUCCUGGAGAAUCAGACUGAAGCACUAACGAGGGCCCUGGAAUGAGCACUUCAGUGACUGCUAAUUCUGUUUCAAAUACAGAAUCUUUCUUUGGCAUUCAUAUUUAAUCUCCAGUAGUGCAACUGAACUUCUGCAUCAGCUGCUUCUUACCUUGGGCAAAAGAGACGCCGAGACUUGAUUACUGGAACAUAGACUCUUCCAAAUUAGUUUUAAUGAUAAAGAAUAUCUCACGUAUGUGCUGUACAGAGAAUUAAAGAAAUC